AUGGAUACCAUACUGGAGAAAAUGGAAAAGCUCAAUUUGAGACUCCCGAGCUGUCCCCGGAAAACUCCUCAACCUGUGAAGGACUUUGUCGUACACUGCCAGACAAUGCCGUCGAGAGUGAAGAAAUCGUUUUGUGGUUGUCUCCAGGAUGACGAACCGCCGGAGAUUACCUACUGUGUGGUGGAACAAACGGGUACGCUCACGCUCCAGGCAAUGACACCAACUUUGCCGAUGCCGGCUGAAGAGGAAUUGAAUAAAAUGUUUCUGGAACUCGUUGAUGAACUCGAUCUCACACAAGCAAAUCGCCAAGCUGUUUUGGCACUUCCAGCUAAUAAGAAAUGGCAGAUUUAUUGCUCACGAAAGGGAAACGAUAGUAUGGACAAUGGGGGACUACGGACCACGGAUCUCAGCGGGGAUCCUGAGGACUACAUCAACAGAGUGCGGGUGAUAGCUAGUACACCUUUUUCCGAGGACACGGAGGAGCUAGCGAACCAAAUGCGCCAAGUGGAGGCUCUGAAGACUGCGCUUAGGACUCAACCACACAGUUUUGUCCUAAGAUUCAUCGAACUCGAUGGUUUGAAUGCUCUUCUUCAGGUUCUGGGUACAAUUGAUGUGGAAGCUACACACAACAAUCUGCACACGAGUGUCAUAGGAUGUUUGAAGGCGUUAAUGAACAAUUCGAAUGGACGAGCACAUGUACUAGCCCACCUAACGGCGAUAAACACUAUUUCUCAGUCGCUGGCGACUGAAAACAUCAAAGCAAAGAUAUCGGUGUUAGAGAUAUUGGGCGCUGUCUGUCUAGUACCGGGUGGUCAUCGUAAAGUCCUGGAAGCGAUGCUACACUUUCAACAGUAUCAUUCCGAGAGAGCACGAUUUCAAAGCAUAAUUAACGAUUUAGACAAGAAUUUUGGAAUCUACAAGGACAAUUUGUCCCUAAAAACAGCUAUAAUGUCAUUUAUAAAUGCAGUUCUGAAUUAUGGACCCGGUCAAGUAACACUGGAAUUCAGGCUCCACCUGCGAUACGAGCUCUUAAUGCUCGGGAUACAACCAAUAAUCGAGAAACUUCGAAAAUACGAAAAUGAAACAUUGGACAGACAUUUAGAUUUCUUUGAGAUGGUGAGGAACGAAGAUGAAAAGGAAUUGGCUCGAAAGUUUGAGAAGGAACACGUUGACACAAAGAGUGCAACGGCUAUGUUUGAUUUGUUGAGGAGGAAGCUCAGUCAUACAGCAGCUUACACUCAUUUUCUUAGUUUACUUGAACACUGUCUGUUACUACCACUCGACUACGGUUCUCAUCCGCAGCAUUGGUUGCUCUUCGAUCGCAUUGUUCAGCAGAUUAUCUUACAAUCAGAAAGCAAUGAACCAGGCGCAGCAAAAAAUCCUGACGUAGCCCCCAUCGAUAUCAACGUCAAAGAAAUAGUGCAUUUACUGGCGAAAGAAGAGGAACUCGUGGCAGCUAGAAAGAGAGCCGAUGAACUAGAACGAGAGAAUACCGAUAUGUCAACAAAGUUGGCGAAGAAAGAACAAGAAUUGGAUUUGAGAACGCAGGAGAAGGAGGACAUGGAGGCGAGUCUAGCUAGAAUCAAAGAGCGACUGGAAAAAGAGACGUCAAUGCAUAUUGAAACCAAACAACGAAUUUCGGAACUGCAAGAUAAUAUGGAAACACUUUCGCGGCAAAUAAACAAUGAGAAAUUGGAGAGGAAGAGACUGGAGCAGUUGGUAGCGUCUGGCAGUUUACCAGACGACGCCAAGGCAACAAUAAAAAUUGUUGACGAUGAAGUUGUUGAGAGAGUUGAGGCGAAACCAACACCACCACCGCCACCACCUCCACCACUUGCACCUCCUCCACCGCCAUGUUUAAUGCCAGCAGCACCUCCACCGAUGAAGGUUGAGAUCAUAAAGAAUGUACCACAGCCUAGUAAUCCCCUUAAAUCUUUCAAUUGGUCUAAAAUUCCAGAACAGAAAUUACAAGGCACUAUUUGGUCGGAAUUGGAUGAUUCAAAGCUUUAUCACGUUAUGGAUUUAGAAUCAAUUGAUAAAAUAUUCUGCGCUUAUCAGAAGAACGGAGUUCCAACUGAAGGAUCUAUCGAGGAUCUCCGGAAUUUGGGAAAGAAUAAACGAAACAUGGCAGUUAUCGACUCCCGGCGGGCGCAGAAUUGCACGAUUUUGCUGUCGAAAUUGAAAAUGUCAGAUAAUGAAAUUACGCGAACCAUUCUGUCGAUGGAUCAACAGAAUAUUCUUCAUAUUGAUAUGGUGGAACAACUGUUGAAGUAUAUACCGUCCUCGGAAGAGGCAGCGUUGCUUGAUAUGAAUCACAAGGAACUUCAAAGUAGAGCUGACUGUUUCCUUUAUCAAAUCUCAAAAGUGCCGCAUUAUGAGCAGCGUCUCAGGUCGCUGCAUUACAAGAAAAAAUUCUCCGCAAGUAUUGCGGAAUUAACACCUAGGAUGAGAGCGGUACUUGAAGCAAGCAGACAGGUUGCGAGAUCUCGAAGACUGAGGAAGUUACUCGAACUGGUUCUUGCACUCGGAAAUUACGUCAAUCGGGGAAACGCCCGGGGCAAUGCAUGCGGCUUUCGUUUGGCCUCGUUGAAUCGGCUCGUGGAUACAAAAUCUUCAUGUUCUAAAGGCACAACUUUGUUGCAUUAUCUUGUGCAAAUGUUGGAAGCCAGAUUCCGUGAAGUUUUAGAUAUUGAAGAGGACAUGCCACAUGUUAGAACUGCGGCUAGAGUCAGUAUGGCUGAUCUUCAAAAAGAAGUGGCCAACUUGAAGAAUGGCCUGCAAGAUGUUCAACGUGAAAUUGAAUUCCAUCGAGGACAAGUGCAAGUACUGCAGGGUGAUAUGUUUUUACCGGCUAUGAGGGAUUUCCAAGCACAAGCGACUUGCAGAUUAGCAGAAGCUGAAGAUCUAUUCCAGGAUAUGAAGACGCGAUUCGAUAGGGCCGUCAGACUAUUCGGCGAAGAUUCUGCGGGUAUUCAACCGGAUGAAUUUUUCGGAAUUUUUGAAAAUUUCUUACAGGCACUCGCGGAAGCGAGAUCGGAUGUUGAAAAUAUGAGGAAAAAAGUGGAGGAGGAAGAACGAAGAAUCAAACAAGAACAAGAGUUGAAGAAACGAACAAUGGAAAGGAAGAAUUCACGCGAAGGCAUUCUCAACAGUAUUUCCUUGAACAAAAAGAAUGAAGUCAAUGCCAACAGUACGGGUGAUAAUAAGGGUGAAUUCGACGAUCUUAUUUCGGCAUUGCGAACCGGUGAUGUAUUCGGUGAAGAUAUCGCCAAAUUCAAACGUUCCAAACGUCGUCCAGUUACCCCGAGUGGUCAAGAGCCCCGUCGUCACAGCAUCCAUCGUGAAGACUCUCGAGAGCGACACUAGAUGGCCAAUCCUCUACACGACUGACAAUCGGUAACUUAUUCGCCGUUGAAUUAUCAUCUCCACAUACAAAAUGAAAACCCAUAAAUACCCAUAAAUGAAUGAAGUUUACGAAAAUGGACUUUUUCAUUUACCAGAAAAUAUAUGGGGGAGAG